UUUUAAUUGUCAUGAUUCUCCUCAGUACCUAUGUUUUAUUUUAAUCUUUUUUAUGUAUUAUGCCGCAUAAUUGUUUAAAAUGAAAUCUCUGAAGGAUUUUAAAAUAUGUCGAUAUCAGGACUGCCAACUUUGGUCAGCUGACUGGAGUGAGAUUUUCAAUUUGAGACAAAGUCUGCCCGCAUAUUUACAUCUACACCUCCCUGGAAGCUUUUUGGAGAUGUUUGCGAAGGCGACAAGGAACUUCGUGAAGGAGAUCGACCCAGAUGGAUGUCUGAUCCCAGUGUCGCGGUUGAACAACUCGGACAAGUUGAGCAUGCUGUCACUGAUCGUCAAGCGGAGAGGUCACUGGUUCUGGAAGCAGCCCAAAUACCUGCCGUCUGACUUCGGUCUCAGUGAUGUGCUUGUCGGCGAGCCCAUUUGCACAGAUGUGAUGGAUUCGGACUUUCUGAAGUAUGAGGGGAUUUAUGCCGACUCCCUGGCGGGGAACAUGGAGACGGAGAUGGGCCCCGCAAAAGUCACCAUGAAGACACGCAGCUCCUCGAAUCUUCGAUCCUCGUUUGGAAGCUUGAAGAAAGAGGAAGUUGACGUCCAGAAGCUUUUGUGUGCUUCCAAGGGCAGGUACGUUAACCUGGAGCACUCCCUCAUCCAGCAAACACGGGAGAAGGGGAAUGAAGUGUUCGGUGUCCUGAAGGAGAGGAUCCUUACCACCCAGCACUGCACUAUCAAGGAGAAGGUGAAGGGUCACGGCUCCUGCGGAACAGGGCUGACUUGCUUCGCGCCCCCGUCUGUGAAGGUCUCCGUGACAGAGAACGGAAACAGGGAGAAGGACAGGAGUGUUUCCUUGGAGAUCCCGCCUGACACGGUCGUAGCGUACAGCAUCAUCGAGCUUGUGAUCAAACCAGACGGCCGGUUUGAGCUCUGCCUGCUGCCAAACACGUACGGGGGAUUUGAGGAAACCUUGGUGAGGAGCCCAUCCCCCAAGUAUCCACCCGGUACCCUGAUGGAAGUAGACGGCCGAACCAGCACUGACCUGGACGAUGACCAAUCUAUUCCACCGGAGGCGCCGCUCUGCGUGCUUGAAAAACAUGUGGAGAAGCUGAGGCCCUAUUUCCAGAAGCUCUCAGAUCUGCCCGCAAAAGCCCAAUCUCAGCUGUUCUGCUACCUGAGAGAGGUCCUGACAGACAGAGCAGCUGUCAUCAUGUUGGAGGGUGUGCUGGAGGAACGAUGCUGGAACGGUGUGGAAAACUCUCAGCCUCAGAAUGAGACGGUGGUCAAACUUCUGGAAUUUCUCCAGGCCAAUUGGGAUGGUCUGGAUCAAGCUGAUGGACCGCAGAUGACAAGCCCCUCACUAUACACAUCUGUGUACCUUUUAAUCAGUGCUAUAGAUGAGAUGACAGACGCUGGUCUAACUUGGCUGGAACAGUCUUGUUGUCCCACAAUCCUCGGAGCCCUUCACCACCUGGUGGGCUGCCUACUGGCGGGCAGGGAAUGUUCACUGCUGGACUCGCAUCUGGGAGUCCUGGCCGAGCAGGGUGUAUACCACAAGGUUCAACAGCUGCUCACCUCAUCUGAAGUGACACUGCAGAGAGAGACAGACACACUCAGGGCUGCGACCCGGUCUGGGUCAGGACGCCUUCCCCUGGUCGUGUGUGUGGCUGUCUGCAGCCUGGCCUGCCUGAGCUUAGGUCACGGCUGCCCUUGACUUCGAAAGUCCACCUUAAUCCAACGAAGGACCAUUUUCGGAAACCAACGUUGACGUCUCGCGUCACUACCCGGAUUCACUGCUACUUCCCAUGUCUAGGUGUCACAUUUCAUUUAAGUGCACAAUCACGGUCCUUUUUGCAAAGGGAAGGCCUGUAAAACAGCUAAAAUUGCUUUGCUAAAAAAAUCUCUCUUGUAUACCCUUCAUGAAGUGAAAUUGCUAGGUUAGUAAUGUAGAGCUGCAUGUGGCUCAGCCAGUUAAUAUCGUUAGGUCACCAGUUCAAAUACCAUGGCCGUUGGACUGAUGCCACUGUUGGGCCCCUGAGCAAGAGCCUUAACCCCCAGCUCCAGUGGGGUUGCACACUGGCUGACCCUCACUGUGCCCCCCCAGGUUUGCUUUCACCUGCAUAUGUCUGUGUGUCUCAUGGAGACCGAGAUGGACCAGAAAGGGCAAAUUCCCCAUGAGGAUCACUAAAGUCUGACUAAUCUGUUAUUUCAUUCUGUUCUACCCUUUACAGCUUUUUCCAGCUGCUAAUUCCACAUUUUUUUCAUGUCUUGUCUAUGUUCUUAAU